AUGCCCAAGCGCGCGCGUCGAGCGGAUCGCGCGCCCACCGACGCCGUCAAGCGGCGCAUAUGGGACCCGCGCGUGCGCGCCUUGGACGUGGACGACCGGAGGAGCUCGGACACCCCCACGGGCGUGCGCGUGCGCGGCGUGCGCGAGCGCGCCGACGUCGGCGACGCGCGUCGGGCGGCUGCGCGCGAGCUCGCGCUGUUUCGCGGCGUGAAGCGCGCGAGGAGCGCGCUGCAGCGCAUCGCGCGGGCGAGGACGGGGCGGACCGACGAGGGAGGGACGCCGCUGCUGCUGUUUGAGCGUUGGUUGGCGAGGUGCGCCGUCUCGGGCGCGCUCGCGGCGCCGGUGUUGCCGGCGCAGGGGCUCGGUUUGGCGAAAGAUUUGAUUAGACACGGGGCGAGCGAGCGAGACGGUGCGGAAGGGGCGGCGGAGGCGCUCGCGGUCGCCAAGGAGAGCGCGGCUCGAUGGGCCGAGGCGCGCGACGACGGCGGAGAGGCGCGCGACGCCGUCGUCGUUCGCGACAAAGGUGCUUUCUUGACGAUGCAAUUGGGAACAGAGAAACCGUACGUGAAGUGUGCGAAAGCACAUCUCGGUAAACUGCGCGCUUUAUAUUGCAGAACAGUGCGAGGCUGUGAACCGUUGACGGAGGACGUCGAUUCAGACGAGUACCAAAAGUUCGCGUGCGCCGUGUUCGCAUUGUUGAUGCGAUACGAAUCGCUGGGCGGGGCUGGAUACCAAAGCGCGCUCGCCGAGGAUGCGUUCGAUGUUUUGAACGAAAAGUUGGGCGUGUCGUGCGAGUGUUUCGCGUCGCCGCUCAACGCUCGGUACGGGCAAUUUUGUUCGCAAUUUGGUUUUGACGAGGACCGCGCGCCAGACGUCGACGCGUUCUUCGGAUCGCUCGGAAGCUUUUUUAGCGACGACUUUGCACCAAAACGCGGAUCGUUCGAGAUGAACCCGCCUUUCGUCCCGGAAACGAUGUCGCGCGCGGUCGAAAAGGCGAACGAUUUGCUCGAUCGCGCCGCGAACGCGAACGAGGCGCUCAGUUUCGUAGUCAUCGUACCGCUGUGGAAGGAAUGCCAUUACUGGAGUGCGCUCUUGGAAAGUCGACAUCUGCAGCACGGUCCAGACAUCAUCGAUGCGCAGUCUCACGGCUUUUGCGACGGCGCCCAGCACGCUCGUCCGAGUCACGAGCGCCAUCGCGUGUCGAGUUUCGACACGGGCGUCUUCUACCUGCGAACGUCGCGCGCCGAGCGCGAGCGACCGGUGGAUGAGGAAAUCAGAAAGCGCGUGUUGCGCGGCAUGAAGACCGCGUUGGGGUCGUGCAAAGACGUGCAAGAGUUGGAAGUGCGAUAUCGCGGCGAGCGGGCGCGCGGCGGGCCCGCUAAAAUAGAAGAUAGAAAAUAG